AUGCUAGACGGGUGCUGCUUGGUAUGUCGGCUCCUGAUGUUGUGUCUUACAUGCGACCAUGUGAAGACGUACACGACUCUUGUAAAAGGAUUCGUCAAGAAAGGGAAUCUAUCCAUGGCUACUGCAACUUACGAUGAGAUGUUGGAGAAAGGGAUCAAGCCUGAUAGAUAUGCAUGCACUACAAGGCUCGUGGGUGAGCUGCAGCUUGGAGAUAAAGACAAAGCGUUUCGUCUGCAGGAAGAGAUGGUGGCUAAGGAUCAUAACGCUCGAGAUCUGAUCAGUCAUAACGUUUGUAUAGAUGGACUCUGCAAGGUUGGGGAUCUGGAGAGAGCGAUUGAGUUUCAGCGGAAGAUUUUUAGAGAUGGCCUCGUCCCUGAUCAUGUUACUUACACCACGGUUAUUCGUGCUUAUCUGGAGAAGGGACGGUUUAAGAUGGCCAAGGUCUUGUAUCAAGAGAUGCUGAGGAAAAAGUUGUCUCCCUCUGUGGUUACCUACUUUGUGUUGAUUCAUGGUCAUGCGAAAGUGGGAAGGCUACAACAAGCGUUUCAAUAUUCAGGCGAGAUGGAGAAGAGAGACGUUCGUCCAAAUGUCAUGACGUGCAACGCUCUUCUACAUGGGAUCUGCAAAGCUGGUGAGAUAGAUGAAGCUUACAGAUACUUCCGCAAGAUGGAAGAAGAUGGGAUUCCACCGAACAAAUACAGCUACACUAUGCUUAUAAACAAGAACUCUGACCUUGGUAAAUGGGAGGAGGUUGUCGAGUUGUAUGGAGAGAUGCUAGAUAAAGAGAUUGAGCCGGAUGCUUACACACGCUGGGCCUUGUUCAAGCAUUUGGAUAAAGAUCACGCAGCACGAGAGGUUGAGUUCCUUGAAAAGAUAUUACGCAGUUGA